AUGGCCAAGGUCAUCUUCACAGCCUGGAAGACCAAGGCCCAGUUGGUGGAGGUGCGGAACGAAUUCUAUCCUCCGCCUACCUACGCCGGGCCAGACCUGCGAUCUCACGGUUGCGCAGUGGUCGAAGCCUGGAAGUUGCGCGGCAAUGUACCGCACCAUGUUGAGGCUACCGCGUUAUUGACGGACGCCAUUUUGCAUGAUGAUGCACAGAGGAAUUCCAUCUUCUCUAUUCGGGCAACAUACUCUGCUGCCUUUUGUCGCUUUGUAACCGGUCUGGUGGAUACCAAAAUCCACGGCGUACGGCGAACAAUGUUCCAACGCGCUACAGACCUAGGUCUCCCGGCUUCUUUCGUGGAACUCCGCCACGAAGCAACCCACCGUGAGCCCCCGUCGCUGGUGGUACUGCGCAAAGCAGCACAGCGGUCUCUGGAAUGGCUCUGGGAUAAUUUCUGGGCCGAGAUUUGCGACGAGCCUGGUGCUACACCUGCAUUCGCCCAUGAUGACAGUGUAUCUGUAAGGGCGGCUUUGUGCGACGCUUUGCAGCCUCUAGUCGGCGGAUCGGCGGAACCGGUGUCCAAGAAGCGGAAGUAUGAUCGUGCCAUCUCGGUGGCUAUGCGGCUGGUUUCGAUCUGCAAUGCUUCGGCGCCCGGUAUCAGGCUGUUACCGGGUGUUUUGCUCGAGCAGGAGGUGUUGGUGCCUGCGGGACGGACACUUGGAGAUCCGUUGAAUGAUGUUCUCAAAGAGUGGAGUACUGUGCUGCUCAAGGUUGCUGAGAGUCAUCCUUCCUUUUUAAGACAUCUCACAGAGGAUAUGGUUAAUGAUCUAGCCUUCAAUACCAAGGAUGCUUCUACCAAUCCGCACUCAGAAGCUCUGUACCUGUGGCUCGUUCACAUUCUCACGUCCACGGCUUGGGAAUUCCACAGGCAAUCGUGUCCCCACAGCUACGUCCUUCAAGCCUGUGACGAGAGCCCGCAUCACUGGACCACAUUGCUGGCUGCGGAGGUGAAGAAGCAGGCUGGCAAAAUGUCGGCAGUACCCGUCGCUCGAUCUGGCCAGACUCGAGUCUCCAAACCUCAAACUCGACCGCAAUCGCAAGGCACUACCUCUCAGCUCUCGGAAAAACUACUGGCCCACGGAUGGGGUCUGUUAGAGCAAUGGGAUAGUCGGCCUUUGGGGGUGGUUGCAAGUAAUUAG